AUGUCGACGAAAUUUCUGAUAACUAUGGUCAUUUUGGCCAACAUUUUUGCGAUGGAACAGGUCCUCGGAAUGACGUCAGUCACAUUGCAUGGAGUCACCGACACUUUACCAUCGGAAAAGGAAAAGUACAAAGUUGCGCUCGAAACGGCUGCGGCGGCUUUCCAGGAUGCCGAGAAACUUUUUGCCGAUCCAACUUUUGAGUCACGGGAUGGAUGGAAAGUUGAUCAAUCGAACGACGAUGAUGACGUUGUUUAUGCCAAACACACGAAAGAAGGCACCAAGAUGGUCACUGUGAGAACGGUCUUAGCCGGGAAGGUCGACGAUGUGAUGCAAGAAACGUGGACCGGAGCCUCAGGAUUACCCGAAUGGAAUCCAAACAUUGAUUUUGCCUCAACGAUUGCCAAUCUCACCGAUCAUGUUGAUAUCUUGACAUAUGGCAACAACGACAUUCUUGUUGUUUCGGGACGUGAAUUUGUUUCUGCAAGACUUUACCGAAAAGUGGGUGAUUAUUACAUCAUGGCUUCGAGAAGUGUCAACCUUACGGAUGUGCCCGAGAAAAGGGGAAAAGUCAGAGCCUGGCUCUACUUGGCCGCCGCGAGAUUCCGUGCCGAUCCCACCGAUCCAGAGAACAAAACCCUCACCGAUGUCGUCAUGCAUGUUGAUCUGAAAGGAUUUUUGCCGAAACUUCUUGUCAAUCAGGUUGUCGGCAAAAUCAUGUUGAUGGAUGCUGAGCAAAAUAAGAAACACUUCGGUGAGAUCAAGCAGAAGAAAGAUGAGGCGAAGAAAGCUGCCAAUGAUGCGGCU